GUGCAAACGCGACGACGCCGCCAAGGGGAUAUUUGGUGACGAGCGUCCACCAUCGCCUCGGGCUGGUUUUUCAUACGAUUCUACUUCUCUUUGCUUUUGCGACGACAAGGCCACGGGAAGCCAGCGAAAAAAAAAUACACGAGACGGACCUCGCGCUGCAACGCGCCAGGGCGUCAAUUGCGUCUGGGGAAAAAAAGCUAUAAAAGGCUUGAAAUCGAUCGAAAUAUCAGUCCGAUCCUAACCUAUCCGCCAACAUGUCCGGUCUAUUCGGAAGUGCUGCUGCCAGCUCCGCUGCUUCGACCACGGUGGGCGAUCUGAAGCAGGACGUGGCCCUCAGCGACCCUCCUUCCGACAGCAUCUCCGACCUUUCGUUCUCUCCAGCCCCCAACGGACCCGACUUUCUGGCCGUAUCAAGUUGGGAUAACAAGGUCCGAAUCUACGAAAUUGCCCAGAACGGCCAGAGCCAGGGCCGUCACGCGUUUGAGCACAGCCAGCCCGUGCUGGGAUGCGAUUUUUCAAAGGAUGGAACAAAAGUCGCCUCUGCUGGUGCGGACAAGAACGUCAAAGUCUGCGACCUAGCAUCUCAGCAAGAUGUUGUUGUUGGAACACACGACCAGCCCGUACGAAGCGUGCGCUUCUUCGACAGCGGCAGUGGAACAAUGGUUGUGUCUGGAUCUUGGGACAAGACUGUUAAAUACUGGGAUCUUCGGCAACAACAGCCCGCCGCUACUCUCGCCUGCCAAGAGCGAGUGUACACCAUGGAUGUGCAGCAGAACCUGCUUGUCAUCGGCACGGCUGAUCGCUACAUCAACGUUGUCGACCUCAAGAACCCAACCAAAUUCUACAAGACGCUGCAGAGCCCCCUAAAGUGGCAGACCAGAGUUGUCAGCUGCUUCCCCGACUCAAGUGGUUUCGCAAUUGGCAGUAUCGAAGGCCGCUGUGCCAUUCAGUAUGUGGAGGAGAAGGACUCUACAUCCAACUUUUCGUUUAAAUGCCAUCGCGACCCGGUUCAGAGCAAUGUGGUUAACGUGCAUGCCGUCAACGACAUUUCCUUCCACCCUGUCCACGGAACCUUUAGCACCGCUGGAUCGGAUGGCACGUUCCACUUCUGGGACAAGGAUGCCAAGCACCGUCUCAAGGGCUAUCCCAACGUGGGUGGUAGCAUCACCUCGACGACGUUCAACAAGACGGGAAGCAUCUUCGCCUACGCCGUUUGCUACGACUGGAGCAAGGGCUUCCAACACAACACGCAGAACUACCCAAUCAAGGUCAUGCUGCAUCCCGUUAACAACGACGAGUGCAAGCCCAGACCAUCAGCCAAGAAGAGGUAAAGCGGGAGGGGAAAGAAGACGAGAUUGGCGGUGUAUAAUAUAAUGGAUAUAUUCAUGCGGAGGAGACGGUGGUGUGGGGGAGUUUGCCGAUCGAUCCAGACGGUGGAGAAAACAGCUGAUCGAAGGCCAGUCGAAGGAUGGAUGAGAGACGAAGAGAAUUUGAUCAGAAUGAGUGACAAUACCUACCUACGACGCCCUUUUUUUGAUGUGCGCAAGAUGUUAUAUAUAGGCACUAUCACUCCGUAGUUUAGAUUGAGAGGGAGGGAGUCAGCAUAAUGGAGUCGAGGC